CCCCUCUUCUUUGCUUCGUCAUUUCCGCAUCGCUCUCUCCUCUUCUUCUCUUUUCUCAUCCUCUCUCUCUCUCUCUCUCUCUAGCCGGCGCCUCCCAAAACCCUAGCUCUCACCGCCGAAACCCAAUCGAAAUCCGGAGGAUGCUUGAUUUCCAUAAGGAUUUUGCAAGGGAACCUCGUUUUCUGGGAUACAUGCGCAGCUGAUUACUGAACAGCUGGUUUAAAGCUCCUUUAAAAUGGAUAGGCGCGACACAUCAGGAUUUGUUAGUGGGGGUGGGAUGUACUUUUUCAGAGACAUCUAACCCUAACUUGUAGAUUAAUUUGUUUAGCUCAGAAGUUUUUGCAAUUUGAUUAGCUUGUGUAUAAUAGUAUUCCAGUAGCUGUGUUACUUAAUGGACAAUAGGCCGCAGAACCUGGGUUUUGCUGCUAAUUACUCCUCAGAUGUUUUCAAGAUAUUGGGCAAUGCGAUGCCAAUUCACGGAGCUGGAGGUGACUUUUGCACAGAUACCACCUUGCGUCUCAAUUCCCCUGGUUCUUCAAGUUACAUGCCAGGCCCAAAAGGAACCAAACGGAAGUGGAGUGUGAUUGAUGGAACCUUGAACCAACAUGCCGGCUCUUCACUUUCUCUAGGUCUUCGCCGUUCACCUAGUUCUUCAGACAGCAAGGGGAGUUCAGCAACUGUUUGCACUACAAUGUCAUCAGCCAAAGAAACAGAUGAGGAGUCCUCAAUGGAUCUUGAACUGGACUUUUCGCUACAUUUGGGAAAUGAGAAGGUUAGCCUGAAGAAACCUGCUCAUUCUAACCUGACUGCACUAGACCUCCAGCCUAAGGUGGACUUAGAGUUAAGUCUCUCCACAGUCCUCUGUGAAUCUGGAAUCACUUCUGUGAAUCGAAGUUCUACUUCUGUUCAUUCAGGCAUGGAGAUUCCACAAGUGGUUUGCGGUGGGGCCCAAAAUGCAGAUGAAGUAUCAACUUCAUGCCUCUGGAAGCCAAGGAUCGCCGUGAAGCCAUUCCAGACUUCCCUAAAUCCGGCGGUUCACUUCCUUUUCAAACCAGUUCCAAAGAAGCUUGAUUCCAUCCCUACCGUUCCGGACAUCUCCUCUAGCAUAUUGACCACACCAACUAGCUCAGCAUGUACUUCUGGGAUCACUCACAGACUGCAGCCGCAGCAUCGCAGCUCCAAUUCAAAGACUUGCCAGGUUGAGGGAUGUGGAAAGGGUGCCAGAGGUGCCUCUGGCCGUUGCAUAUCUCAUGGUGGUGGCAGGAGAUGUCAGAGAGCUGGCUGCCACAAGGGUGCUGAAGGCCGCACAGUGUACUGUAAAGCCCAUGGAGGUGGCCGGCGAUGUGAAUUCCUGGGGUGCACCAAGAGUGCUGAAGGGCGCACAGAUUUUUGUAUUGCCCAUGGUGGUGGUCGGAGGUGUAGUCAUGAUGGUUGCACCAGAGCUGCCAGAGGCAAAUCAGGUUUGUGCAUCCGUCAUGGUGGUGGCAAGAGAUGUCAAAGAGAAAACUGCACAAAAAGUGCCGAGGGACUCUCAGGCCUUUGCAUCUCACAUGGAGGCGGUCGCAGAUGCCAAGCUAUAGGGUGCACAAAAGGGGCACAAGGGAGCACCAUGUUCUGCAAGGCACAUGGCGGAGGCAAGCGAUGCACUGCUCCAGGUUGCACCAAGGGAGCUGAAGGGAGCACACCCUUUUGCAAGGGCCAUGGUGGAGGGAAGAGGUGUGCAUUCCAAGGUGGUGGGCAUUGUACAAAGAGUGUUCAUGGCGGUACCAACUUCUGUGUGGCACAUGGGGGUGGAAAGCGAUGUGCUAUGUCUGAGUGUACAAAGAGUGCUAGGGGACGGACUGAUUACUGUGUCCGACAUGGUGGAGGAAAAAGGUGCAAGUUUGAAGGGUGUGGCAAAAGUGCACAAGGCAGCACUGACUUCUGCAAGGCCCAUGGUGGAGGAAAAAGAUGUUCUUGGGGCCAUCCUGGAUCUGUUUAUGGUCGCCAAGCUGCUGGUCCUUGCAACUCAUUUGCAAGGGGGAAGACAGGUCUUUGUGCACUCCAUAGUGGUCUGGUUCAGGACAAGAGGGUCCAUGGAGGUGUUACCCUGGGGCCUAUAGUUCAGGAACCUAAACUUGGGCAUGUGAACGAAGUUGAUGAUAUGAAUGUUGAUGAUGCCAUGACCGUUGGGAGUGUAGCUACUACAGUAAGCAGAAGCUGCUCUGACCUGAAGCACAGUGGUAACUCCGAUGGGCAACCUGUCAUUGUUCCAGAAGGCCGUGUCCAUGGGGGAAGUCUGAUGGCACUGCUUGCAGGUGGCCCAGAUAGCACCAAUACGAACAUCAAGGGAAGUGAUCCAUCACUGUCAAUGAAAUCUUAUAUCCCCAAGAACUGGAUGUAAGGCCUAUUUCUCAACUGUGUUAUUUGGUUUGGUCUCAGUAAUUGGCAGAGUUUCUCUCAGGUCAAUCUGUCUUGUGUCCUUUGCUUCUUAGCAUAUGUUUAGUCAAUUACUGGGUUUGAUAUAUAGCAAUAGAAGUUCUCAUUCAUUGGUUCUAAUGGAGGGAACCCUCUAAGUGCCUAAAAGACCUUAGCGUAACUGAUUGGUGGUAUAUCAAGGUUAGGGGCAUAGUUAGCAUUUAGAGUCUGGUCUUUGGUGUUCUUUCAUGUAAAUAUUUAUAAAAUGUCCGGCAGUCAUGUUGUGUAUACAGGUCUUUACCACCUGUAAGGUCGGUCAGUUUGUCGGACAUCUUGGUGCAAUAAAUAAAGCCUUUGUUGAGAUCA